UCAGACUUACCGGGCCAGUAAACACGUAACACAAGCCUGGUUUCCGGUGCUUGUUUGGCUGGCGGUUUGAAAUGAAUCGCUGGUCGCGCAAAGUGCAGUUUUUAUGUUUAAAUGGCAGAAAAGUAGAUGUUGAAACACGCUGGUGCAAGACGAGUCCUCUCCAGUAAACUGCGCGCUCUACUUUAAUUUCUACCCUCUGUACUAUGUUCAAAAAGAUGGCUGAAUUUGGUCCAGAUUCAGGGGGGCGAGUCAAGGGUGUCACCAUUGUGAAGCCCAUAGUGUUUGGGAACGUUGCCCGCUACUUUGGGAAGAAGAGGGAGGAGGAUGGACACACGCAUCAGUGGUCCGUCUACGUCAAACCUUACAGAAACGAGGAUAUGUCUGCCUAUGUCAAGAAGAUCCAGUUCAAGCUGCACGAGAGCUAUGGGAACCCCCUGCGAGUGGUGACUAAACCCCCCUACGAGAUCACAGAGACGGGCUGGGGAGAGUUUGAGAUCAUCAUCAAGAUCUUCUUCAUUGACCCCAACGAGAGACCUGUGACACUGUACCACCUGCUGAAGCUCUUCCAGUCGGACUCGAGUGCCAUGCCUAAGAAGACAGUGGUGUCUGAAUUCUAUGAUGAAAUGAUCUUCCAGGACCCUACAGCUAUGAUGCAGCAGCUGCUGACCACAUCAAGACAACUCACGCUGGGGGCUUACAAGCACGAGACAGAAUUCGGGGAGCUGGAGCAGAGGACGAGGGAGAAGCUAGAAGCAGCAAAGAAGAGAACCAGCCAGGAGAUCACAGAGCUGAAGGACAAACUGAAGGCCAGCAGAGAAAACAUCAACCACCUGAAGACAGAGAUCAGGAAACUGGAGGAGGACGGAGACCACAAGGAGCACUGACACACACACACACACACACACACACACACACACACACACACACACACACUCACUCACACAUGGCCAUCCAGACAUUUUGUUUUGUUUUGUUUUGGACUCAUAUCCAACUUUCAUCUUUACUGAAGACUUUCCAUCAUGUUUUGUGUUGUCCUGACCACACAGGAGCUCAGAGAUGACAAUAAAAAUGGAUGUUACAAAAAUGUACUCUGUAAACAAAAAUCAAAAUCAACAUGUGUGAGCUGGGGAGUGUUUAUUUUUUAUUUCAUUUUAUUAUUAUUAUUAUUUUUUUUUUAUUAUGGACAAGGUAGACAAAACUGUUACAGUUACCUAUUUCCAACCCUUGAGAGGGGGCAUUACAUUUGUGAAAACAGUAACAGUAACAGUAUUUUUUAAGUGAUCCUGUUGUCUUUUUUAUAUAUAUAAAGUUAAUCUGAUUUAAACCCCGUUGCAUUCUUGUGUGUUGAUGAGGUCGGGUUUGACUGGGAGUUGAUUCCCAGGUGGCUUCAGUGUAAGAUUGUCUCUAAUCCCAAAUAACUUGGAUUUGAAACUGGUGCCGUACUCAAAGUUGCCUAUGUGAAAAUAUGAAAGACCAA